UCUGCGGUCACACGCCGCGGAGUCUAGUGGGAGGAGCUGUUGAUCAGCAGGCUCUCGCUGCUUCCUGUUUCCGGCUUCUGGAGCGGGGCGCAUCGCGGCGCCUAGGGGAGCGCUGGCUUCAGAGAGGAAUCGAGGGACUGGGGUCUGCGCCCCCGCACCCCUGAUCUCCGGACGCGUCUCCCAACCCCAGAGACACAUUCUUGGGGGCUUCUGAGCCGCGGUUGUUCUGUUUUCCCGUGACACGAUGUUCCCCUUCCUUGGCCGCUGGAGGACUGAACUGUUACUGUUGCUACUCCUGGCUGUGGCUGUGAGAGAAUCCUGGCAGAUAGAAGAAAAAUCUUGUGACCUGGUAGGAGAGAAGGAUAAGGAAUCAAAGAACGAGGUGGCUCUCCUGGAGAGGUUACGGCCACUGUUUAACAAAAGUUUUGAGAGUACUGUGGGCCAAGGCUCAGACACAUACAGCUACAUAUUCAGGGUAUGCCGGGAAGCUAGCAACCACUCCUCUGGGGCAGGCCUGGUCCAGAUCAACAAAAGCAAUGAGAAGGAGACGGUGGUUGGGCGAAUCAACGAGACUCACAUCUUCAAUGGAAGUAAUUGGAUCAUGCUGAUAUAUAAAGGAGGCGAUGAAUAUGACAACCACUGUGGCAGAGAGCAGCGGCGUGCAGUGGUGAUGAUCUCCUGCAAUCGGCACACACUAGCGGCUAAUUUUAACCCAGUGUCUGAGGAACGAGGCAAAGUCCAGGAUUGCUUCUACCUCUUUGAGAUGGAUAGCAGCCUGGCCUGUUCACCAGAGGUCUCACACCUCAGUGUGGGCUCCAUCUUACUUGUCAUAUUUGCAUCAUUGGUUGCUGUCUAUAUCAUUGGGGGUUUCUUAUACCAGCGACUGGUAGUGGGGGCCAAGGGAAUGGAGCAGUUUCCUCAUCUGGCCUUCUGGCAGGAUCUUGGCAACCUAGUAGCUGAUGGUUGUGACUUUGUGUGCCGUUCCAAACCCCGCAAUGUGCCUGCAGCAUAUCGUGGAGUCGGGGAUGACCAGCUGGGGGAAGAGUCGGAAGAAAGGGAUGAUCAUUUGCUACCAAUGUGAUUGCACUUUUAAUGUCUAGCCACCUCUUCAGUCCCCAAACCAAAGCAUACUCAGCCGGACUUCUCAAGCUGUAAUCCCAUCUCUGACCUUGCCGUUAAUAUUCUUGCUUUCCAGUUGACUUUUGAUUUGACCCUAACCUGCCUCUGUGCACCUUCCUAUUGUUUCUCCUCAGCAUGAGUAGAGUGGAAGGCAGACAGACAUAGGGAGUGUGGGGCAGACUCCUGCACCCCAGGAAGAGCAAGGACAGCUAAACAGGCAGAAAGCCAUGAGCCCUGGCUGUAAACAUUUUCAUAAUUUCAAAAGUUGAGACACUGGAUACUCUAAUUAAAAAAGCAAAGAUUACUUGUACCUUUGGUUGCCUC